AUGGCAAAUGAUUUGGAUGAUUUGUAUGUGAAACUUGGGAAAUUGAACGCUAAUGUUUUGCAAAUUUACAGCUUUCACAUUGAAACUCACUUUUGGUGGGCUUCCCGUGAAUUUUCCAACAUGUAUCUUCUUUGUGUCCUGGCCUUCAACAAUUCUCGCAUCAAGGACAACUUGAGAGAGAAUGGUUGGAAUACUUUAUUCAGUAGGGUGAUUGAGUAUUGUGUUGAUAGACAUAUUUUAGUGCCUAAUAUGGAGGAUAUUGUAGUGGUGAAAGACUCAAUCUUGCAAGAGUUGAAUGAUCGAUUUCCAGAAAUAACUACUGAGCUCUUUACUUGCAUUUCAUGUUUAAGUCCAAGAGAUUCAUUUGCAGCUUUUGAUAAGGAUAAAUUGCUACGUUUUGCUCAGUUCUAUCCUUUGGACAUCAAUAGUGAAGAACUUUUAUUACUUAGACCUCAACUUGAUAAGUUUCUUUUGCUUGUGAGAAUGGACGAAGCUUUCUUUAAUCUCAAUAGUAUAUCCUGUGUAGCUCAGAAGUUGAUUGAAACUAGAAGUUCCUGUUAUUUUCCAUUGAUUUAUAGGCUACUCACCUUGGCUUUGAUAUUACCUGUGGCAACUGCAAGUGUUAAAAGGGUAUUUUCUGCUAUGAAUCUAAUCAAGAGUGAUUUGCGCAACAAAAUGGGUGAUAUCUGGUUGAAUGACAAUUUGGUGGUUUACGUGGAGAAAACUGUUUUUAAACAAAUUAAGAAUGAGGCAAUAUUGCAACGCUUUCAAAUUAUGAGACCCCGUAGAAUACAGUUGUCUAAGUUUAUAGUUACAGAGUAA